AUGCGCUUGGUGCAUCCACCUCUGUGUCACUUGAUGACACCAUCAUGGGAUGCUCUUGGCUGUUGCUUUUGGGUCUCGUCCUAAAUGUUUCUCAUUGCUUGGAAAUAGAAGGUUCAGGUGCGGAGCAGACCUUCGUGAUCUCUCACAACGCCACGGCGCUCCUCGGGGAGGACGUGUACCUGAGCUGUAGAUAUCAGGGCGACAGUCAGAUCCACAGCGGCAAGUGGAAGCGCCAGACCAAUUCUAAAAGUAAACUCAAGCGCCUGGCGGGAUUUCUGAACGGGAAACCCUUCAGCAACGAUGACUUCUCAGACCCGGACUCUCCCACCAACCUCACGGUUCGGAUGAAGGUGUCCAGCGUGGAGGCAGAGGGAGAGUACAUCUGUGAAUUUGAGUCUGAGGAAGAGUAUUUCUAUGAGAGUGUUUUCGUCACUGUAUUAGCUCGGCCGGAUAUACAGGUCCAAGUGAAGGAGGAGACCAUCAGUGACACCUCGUACCAGUCUGUGUCGUGCUCUGCGGUCGGUGGGAGGCCCACAGCUCAGAUCAGCUGGUUGGUGGGCGGCCUUCCUCCCUCAGAUCCCCCCUUCACUGUGAACCUGAGUGAAACUCCUCACUCAAACGGCACCUCCUCCCUGAGCAGCGUCCUCCGCUUCCCCACCCACUUACAGGACAGCGACACGGUGACAUGUGCAGUCCAGCACCCAACCCUCCCAAACCCUGAACUCACCACAGUGAGGGUUGAAACAUACGCAAAGCCAAAUGUGACCAUUAAAGCAGAGAUGGUACAGCAAGGAGGAAAUGAUUUCUGGGUGGUCUCCUGCAUUUCAUCCGGAGGGAGACCCGGCACAGACGUCUCUCUGGCUUUGAACAUGACUGAAGAGCUGCGGAGGGAGAACGACACAAACGGAGACGCGCAGAGACUCUCGGUGCAUCUCCCUGCGACAGAGUACGAGGGUCAAAGUGUCACCUGUGUGUUUAAACAUCCCAAAUUUACACACGCGGAGUCAAGAGGCCUAACACUGCCAGCUUUUUAUCUGACUACGGGUCGGUUGCAAUCAGAAGUGGGAAACGGCAGCGAUGAAUUCUUUGAGCUGCAAGAAGGAGAGACUGAUAUUGUCAUUGACCUCGAGGUCAGAGGGAAUGUGCCACGUUACAACGCCUCCUGCAAAAAAGAUGACAAGCCUUUGCCUGACGGUGUGGAGCUGCUGGGCCGAAACUUCACAGUUCGGGGUCCUGUUGAGCAUCAGCAUGCCGGUCUGUAUCAGUGUGACUUCUCUUAUCAUCACCUUAAAGCGACGCUGAGGCUUAAUGUCACAGUCAAACCUCAGGAUCUGCGGCCUGUUCCUCCCACGAUCGGAGUUGAGCUGCGCAGCGAAGAUGGACGCGUGGUGCUGGAGUGCGCAGCGGCAGAUGCUGUUCCUGCAGCCAGUGUGACCUGGCUUCUUCCCGUGGGUCUCUCUGACGACCUUUGGUUCAGCUCCACAUCUUAUAAUGGAAGCCACUCUGUCAGGGGAGUUUUGAACCUCCCGGCCUGUUCGCCCUGGGAGCUCACUGCGCAGUGCGUGAUAAAUCACCCAGCAUUUGAGGAACCAGAGAACAGAAGCAUAACCCUCCCUCUCUGCGCUCGCCCCAACAUCACCGUCGGUGCCAGCGUGGCGUGGAGAGAUGGUCACAAGUACACAAAGCUGCAGUGCUCUGCGAUCAGCGUGGCCUCUGCUGCAACUAUAAGCUGGCACACUGAAAACAACGACACCAUCAGCCACAUGAUGGAGACUGAAGUCCAGGCCGAGGGUCUGGUACUGACCCGGAGCUCUGUGGAUUUACUGUCCUCAGCGUACGCCGGUCAGAAUCUGACCUGCCUGGUGCAGCACCCGAGUCUGGACACACCUGAAAUAAGAACGAUGAACAUUCCUGAGCAGCAACCCUUGCAGCUGAGUGUGUCUGUGGUGAGACAGCAAGACUCCUCUCUCUGGCUGGCAGCGUGUGACUUCAGUGGGGAGGGCGUUGGGGAAAACCUUACCUGGGUCCUUCCUGAAAAUGCCGGGGGAGAAACAUCCCUGCGCACAGAAUAUGUAGGACACGUAAUGAAAGUGAGACUGACUUAUGAGUUUCCUCUGGCCUCUCACGAGGGGCAGGACCUGACCUGCGUGUACCGGUCUGAAGAUGGGAUCACGGAGAGGAGGACCGUUCACAUCCCCACAUACUAUAUCUCCUCCCUGCGCAUCCUGAAUCACACGACUCCUCUGCAAAGCCGCUACGGGGAUCAGCUGGUCAUGCACAGAGUGGCCGUCCAAGAAAACCGUCACAACCAGAAAAUACUGCUCCGGGUGGAAGGCAACGUGCCGGAGUACAGCCUGGACUGCAGAAGGUGGAGCGAUGGCUCAAUUGUUCCCAUGGAUGGGGCUGCGAUGAUCCUUCAGACUGACGUCUCAGGGCAGGACAACAGACAGUACAUCUGCUCAGCUUCUUUCUACCACCACCGAGCCACGGUCAACAUCCAGGUGGAAGUCAUGAGACAGGACGAGUUCUUGAUCAUGGUGGCCAUGAUCUGCAUCUCUUCAGCUUCAGCCAUCCUCCUCAUCCUCGCCGUCGCCCUCUUCUUUUGCUGCAAGAGAAACAACAAGAAACAAUACAAGGAGCAGGAGUCUCUCUCGGCCUUGACGUCUCUGAUGUUGGACCCCGGCUCUCCUGAGGUCAAGAAGCCAGCAGCCACGGCGGGAGACAAGGAGUACGCUCAGCUGACCAGAUACUCCAUCGUCAUUGACAUCAAGAGCACAGUGUGAAGACGGAGGCGCUUUGCAGCGUUUUGUUUAAAUCAGCUUACAUUGUGCAGAAGCUAGCGAGGAAAACUUACUGCAGCUACAGCAUUG